AUGAGUGAUCUGCCAAAGCGACUUCUGAUGUCGGUCAAGCAGCCCACUCAGCUCACUAUCAACACGCCUCAGCCCUGAGCUGACACCGCUUCUCUUCUCUCCCUUCGGCGUCAAGCUCGCAUGAGGCGGUGAAUUGCAGCAGGGUGCCGCAGAGUGAAAGAAGAAGGAGAAGAGAGCAUCAGGUGGGAUAGACGAAGCAAAAACAAUAGAGAAACACACAGGUCCGUUCCCUUCGGUGUCUGUCUGUCUGUCUGUCUGUGUGGUUCAGGUACUGCCGGUGUUGCGGUGCGACGAUGGAGGCCGAGUUGGCCGUUGUUUGUGCCGCUUAGCGACUGUAAGAGGGCAGCGACCGACCGGAAGCCUGUUGAUGCUGCAAACACCUGCUUCUUUGUGUGUUUCUGUUCACGCCAGGGCUCAGUACUACUACGGCCAUGCAGCCGACUGGUGCGACGCCCUCAUCCCAGCCUUCCCCUUCGUCGGUCCCCUCUCUGCUCGGCAUGGCCAUCGGCAGGGCGGCCGACAUGGCCAUGUCGCCUCACGCCGCCAGACGGGAUGCACUCCGCUCUCUCAUCGCCACGAUCAAGAGCAGCCACCCCCACAAAGUGGACAUGAUGCUGCAGCUCGUCAAGCAGCACGUCGAGGCGGUCAUGAGUCGUCUGGGCGUGCAAGACGUCCUGGACUUCGACAUCGUUGAUCUGGAGGGCGGCAUGAAGGUGGCCUACGUGCUUGCAGCCGGCAGUGGCGAGGAGUGGCGGGCGAUGGGGCAGUUCAUUCGGCUGGCCGCCAUCUACCGGCUGACCCCCAGUGCGGCUCUGCCCCUGCGGCUGUCGGCUCACUCGUGGGAGAUGGCGACAUUCCACGAGCUGCCCCUGGCUAUGGCCAUCUACCGCCUCUUCGGCCACCUACUCAACUACAAGGGGACCAGCCUGGCGCUGCAGCUGUCGGAUCGGCGCUAUGGGGGCUAUCGGAUCGGCGACAAGACGUUUCGCGUGGUGCCUCUUGGUGAUCUGCCGGGCGGCCAUCCCUAUGCUGACAGCUACAAGCGGAGCGACCCUGCCGUCCGAGACCCCGGUCGCCGCCCUGACCUCUAUCCCACCUUCUCGGCGUUUCUGCUGCGCAUGGUGGUCUCCUGCUGGAGGGAUGAAGAUGGGGUGGGUCAGAGGCGGGUGCUCCUCGCGCGCCGUGGUGACCCUCGCCGUGGCCGUGUGCUCACCGAGGGCAUCCCGGGAGAUCUGGGCAUCGCUGUGGACCAUCGUCACGACCAUGGCAAUCUGAAUGCUGCUGAUGCAAGAAAUUAUCGAUUGGUGAUAGUGAGCGGCUUUAGGCCGGGCGAGACCGCUGCUGUCCAUCUGGUGGGGGAGCUGGGCGUGGGGGGGUACGCCAUCCAUCUCUUGACGACCGAGGCACCUGUCGACGAUCCGUCUGAGCUGCCCGCCCAGCGCUUCCCGCUGUCGAUGCCCCUGUGGUGUGGCGUACUGCGGCACUUCAACCUGGAGACCGAUGUUAUCAAUGAGGGGUUGUGGUUGUUAUGAGUGUCGGCGAGGGUCAGGUCUGUCUGUCAGACUGACUGUGUGCCGUGAAACGAUGAGUGUUUUUGUCAGACUGACUGACUGCAUGGCUCCACUCGUGUGGUGAACGAAUGAAUUGAUCACACACCGAAGAGAAAGAGAGAGAGGGAGUCCAUGAUGC